AUGGAGAUCGGCCACUUUUUGCUUGGAUUAUGUGCCUUUCACCACUUUUACGGAUCGGUUUCUGCGGAGUCCACGUGCAAGCUGAAGGCCAAGUUCAACCUGAGCGGCUACAAGGACGUGGAGAAGAAGAAGGUUGUUAUUGGGGGGAUGUUCCCUGUUCACAUGCGUAUUGCUUCCACUGAUGGCAACACUUCAAGGCUGCCCGUCUCCUCUGGGUGUGAAGGGUUCAACUUCCGCACCUUCCGCUGGACGCAGACCAUGCUGUUUGCCAUCGAUGAAAUUAACAAGAGGAAAGACCUGCUGCCCGACACCGACCUGGGCUACGUCAUCUACGACUCCUGCUUCACCAUCUCCAAGGCCGUGGAGGGCACCCUCACCUACCUGACGGGCCAAGACGAGGCCGUGCCCAACUACCGCUGCGGGACCGGGCCGCCUUUGGCUGCUCUAGUGGGCGCUGGGGGCUCCGAUCUGUCCAUCGCCACGGCUAGGAUACUUGGACUCUAUCACUUCCCACAGGUCAGCUAUUCUUCAACCUGCUCCGCCCUGGAAAGUAAGUUCCAGUUCCCCACCUUCCUGAGGACCAUUCCCAAUGACAAGCACCAGUCUACAGCCAUUGCCCAGCUGGUGCUACACUUCGGCUGGACUUGGGUGGGCACCAUAGCUGCUGAUGAUGAUUACGGCAAGUAUGGCAUCAAAGACUUCAAGGAGCAGGUGGAGGAAGCGGGUGUCUGCAUCUCCUUCUCUGAGACCCUGCCCAAGGUGAGUUCUCCGGAGGGCAUCCAGCGUAUUGUUCAAACCGUCGUCGAGUCCACGGCCAAGAUCAUUGUGGUCUUCUCGUCAGACGUGGACCUCAGUCCUCUCAUCACAGAGCUGCUCCAGCACAAUGUGACCAACCGCACCUGGAUCGCCACCGAGGCCUGGGUCACCUCCGCUCUCAUCAUGCAGCCUGGGGUGAGCUCGGUGCUGGGUGGUACCCUGGGCUUUGGGAUAAAAAGGGCUGCCAUCCCUGGUCUUCAGCGCCAUCUACUGAAUCUGGACCCGUAUGCUGACUCUCUCACCGAGGAAUUCUGGGAGACGUUGUUUAACUGCACAUUGAGCUUUGGUAAAGCUCUGAAGCAGACCAAACAGAGGUCCAAGGAGGUAAACGGCACUCUGUCCAGGGCGGUGAGGGGGGUCCCUGAUGGGCUGUGUACUGGGAGAGAGUCUGUGGCACAGCUCAAUAACACCUACAGUGAUGUUUCCGAGUUACGAAUCACUUACAGUGUGUACAAAGCUGUGUACGCUGUGGCCCACGCCCUGCACAACCUGGAGCACUGCGAAGAGGGACGAGGGCCAUUCAACGGGAAAGACUGCGCUGACAUCACCAACUUUGAGCCGUGGCAGCUGAUGUACUACAUGAAGAACGUGCGUUUCAAAGUGCCGCACACGGGUGAAGAGAUCUACUUUGAUGAAGGGGACGUUGAGGGCUUCUAUGACAUCAUUAACUGGCAGUUCAACAGUAACGGGGAGAUAUCCUACAACACCGUGGGACGCUACAAUGGCUCUGCAGCCCCAGAGGACAGGAUGACCAUAAUGAAUGACUCCAUCGUGUGGAACAAUGACAUGUUGGAGCCACCUCGGUCAGUGUGCAGUGAAAACUGCCAGCCGGGCACCAGGAAGGGGAUCCGGCAGGGAGAGCCGGUCUGCUGCUUCGACUGCAUCCCGUGUGCCGACGGAGAGAUCAGCAACACAACCAAUGCUCGUGAAUGUAUCCUGUGCAGUGACGACGACUGGUCCAACGAUGCUCAUGAUGCCUGUGUACCAAAAAUCAUCGAGUUCCUGGCCUUUGGAGAGCCCCUGGGGAUCACUCUCAUCGUCAUCUCGGCCUUCGGAGCUCUAGUCACCAUCGCUGUGGGGGUGGUGUUUAUUGUGAACCUUGGCACCCCUCUGGUGAAAGCCAAUGAUGCUCUGUUGAGUUUCUCACUGCUCUUCGCGCUGGUGGUGACGUUCCUCUGCUCCAUCAUCUUCCUCGGAGAGCCUCAGAACUGGAGCUGCAUGACCAGCCAAGUAGCCCUGGCUCUGGGUUUUGCUCUCUGCCUUUCCUCUAUUAUGGGUGGGCCCACUUUUCUUGCACUGUCGUGUGCAUAUGUGUGUAUAUACACUGUACACCUGGUAUGGUCCUCUGUAGUGUACACUUACAUCUGCUACUGUGCUAUCUCUCACACCUUCUCGUGCACAGUGUGGCUCAUCAUCCUCCCCCCUCACUCGAUCAAGAACACCUCGGCCCAGAAUAUAAAGAUCAUCCUCGAGUGUGACGAAGGCUCUGUGGUCUUCAUCUGUUGCAUCUUCGCCUAUGACAUCCUGCUGGCUCUGAUGGCCUUCAUCUUUGCCUUCAUCGCCCGCAAACUGGAGGACCACUUCAGUGAGGCAAAGUGCAUGACCUUCGGCAUGCUGGUCUUCUUCAUCGUGUGGAUCUCCUUCGUCCCAGCUUACCUCAGCACACGUGGCAAGUUCAUGGUUGCUGUCCAGAUUUUUGCCAUCCUGGCCUCCAGCUUCGGCCUGCUGACCUGCAUCUUCCUGCCCAAGUGUUACAUUCUCUUGGUCAAACCUGAACGCAACACGGAGGAGGCGAUGAGGCCCCGCGCCAAACCACGUGACGGGACCUCCACCGGGACAUCAGCCUCACUCAAUACAGCUGCCACUGAGGUCACUGCUACAACUGCAUCCACCGCUAUUGAUGAUUAG